AUGCCUUCCUCAACUUCCAUUAUCACUGCUGCAGUGGCCAUUGUGGCCUCUGCCGGCGUUGCUCAAGGUGCUGCUGUAGAGAAGCGUUACACCACCGUUCAAAACGUCCAGCACACAUUCUACGGCUACCCUGACAACUCCCCACCCAGCGCCCAGAUUGCCUACGACUGCGGCCGCGGCUACUCUGCCGGCGGGAAAGGCACCUACGACGACCCACGCACCUUCGCCACCGCCCCCGGCGAAUUCAACAAGUGCGAGAUCAUCUGGGACCCCUACACCGAGAAGUACCUCAUCUUCGAAGACACUUGCGACCAGUGCGAAUCGGACUGGAACAACGGCCAGUACCACAUCGACAUCUGGACCGGCUCUAGCUCCCAGAGCGGUGGCCAGGCCCAGAUCAACUGCGAGGAUCAGCUUACUCCUGACCGGGGACACACUGUUGUGAGGAAUGGCAACCAGAACCAUAAUGUUAACACUGGUCCUCUUUACAGCCCGAGCAGUGGGUGCCAUCCGGAGAAUGUCUUCCCUAACAACAACUAG